AUGGCAAACUUUCAGUUUCUUUUUAAAGUGCUAAACUGAAAAGUUUUGUUACCCAGUGGAUUCGACAGCUGUGACCCUUGGAAAAGGACAUUCAACUAGAACAGACCAAGGAAUCCAUAUAGGAAGAUUAUCAUGUAUAAAGUAGAAAUUGGCAAAUCAAUUUUAGAUGUUAAAAAGGGGGACAUAACUAAGGAAACUACGGAUGCCAUAGUAAACCUGAAUAAUAAAACAUUGGACCAAGACUAUGGCAUAUCGAAAGACAUUCUUACUGCUGCAGGGAACAGCGUUAGAGAAGAAUGUAUUCGUUUAGGUAAACAACCUCAUAGCAAUUUUGUUGUAACUGGAGCUGGAAAUCUGAGGUGCAAAAAAAUAAUCCAUCUGAUUGAUGCUGUGAAUAAAGAUAAGAUUGUGGCCGAAGUCAAGGAGGUGCUAAAGGCAUGUGACCAGCAUAACAUUCAGUCUAUCACUAUUCCUGCAAUUGGAACAGGAAAUGCAAAUAUUGGAGCAAAGACUUCCCUUGAACUGAUUAUGACCGGCAUUGAAGAAUAUGCAUUAGGCACAGCUACAAGCUGCAUCUCACAAAUUCACAUUAUUGCUUAUAAGGAGAACAUCUAUCAAGAAUAUAUUAAGGCUUUUGAGAUAAGAAUUUCGGGCAACCAGAAAUACAAUCUUUAUCUCAAACUGUAUGGUAAAGAUGUGACCUUAAUUAAGGGAGACAUUACAGAUCAAGAUACGGAGUGCAUUGUGAAUCUAACCAACCAAUCAUUGAAUCAAAAUUGUGGUGUCUCUGCGGCAAUAUUAUCAGCAGCUGGAAGCGGUGUGAAGGACGAGUGUAACAAAUUGGCUCCAAUAACAGCAGACCAGAUGGUAUUGACAAGUGGCGGGAAUAUGAAAUGCAAGAAAAUUCUGCAUCUGAUUGGUCCAACAAACUCAAAAGCCAUGGUGCCUGCACUGGAAAAAAUAUUAGAAGAAUGUGUAAAGCAUUCCAUCAAAACUAUGGCACUGCCAGCCAUUGGGACAGGAAUGGCUGCCAUGGACCCCAGUGAUUCAAUUAGUGGAAUAAUAGGAGGCCUAAUACAACAUUUUGAGAAGGUUACACAUACCAGUCUCACCAAGAUCUGCAUCAUUGCUUUUACAGACAAGGUUUACCAAGAGUUUUCUCAAGCAUUUAAAACCAAAAGCUUUGAGAUUCAGGAAUCAGAGCCAUAUUCCGAAAACAACAUAGAAGCAAUAUUUCGCAACCCACCAACAUGGACUGACAUGGGCACUGAUGAAUAUAAGAUCAUUGAGCUUUCAAACAGUUCUACAGAAUUCAAGGAUAUUGAAAAGAAAUUCCUUGAAUCAGCCCAAUCUUAUAAAUGUAAAGUGAUUAAGAUUGAAAGGGUGCAGAAUGUGAAACUGUGGCGAAGUUUUUCUGUUCGAAAACUGUUUGUUGACAGUCGUUAUCCAAAUGAAAGAAAUUGUAAACUACUUUUUCAUGGCACCAGUAUUGAAACGGUCACGGAUAUCCUAUAUAAUGGGUUUAACAGGAGCUAUUCUGGUAAAAAUGGCAGAUAUGGAAGAUCAAGUGCCAAGUAGCCCAGGAAAUGCUGCAAAUGAAAAUAGGAGUGUGCCCCCCCCUAGAAAGAGGACCAGCAAGGAGAAACAUAAAAAUUGUGUGGCAUGUGACAGUCCAGCAAUGAAGCAUAUGUAAGUUAUGUCAAAGAUGCACAAAAUGGUUGUCGGGUGAUGCAGCAGCGGAUACAGCAGAUGUUAUGCACUGGAUAAAGGAGGCGGUAACAGACUUAAGUCAGCUAAAAGAUCCAGAGAAGAAAUGGUGCAGAGCCCAAGACAAGAGUCUAGAGGGAGUUCUCCAAGAUUGGAGAAAGAGAGGUUUCAGCGGAAGAGGAGAUAUUGGAGGAAGAAAGUUUCUCUAACUUUGAAGUAUUACUAGUAGAACCCUUAAUAAAGGCAGUCAGAUCACAGCUAAAUUUGCCAGAGAAGAUACAAGUGCAACAGUCAUCUUCUAAUCCGUUUAAAUUUCUGACAAAAGAAAAGGCUACGUUCCCUUUGCACGAAAUAAUCAAAGAAGUGAUUGUAAAGGAAUGGGAAAAAACGAAUGCAAAGUUUCCUAUACCAUCAAAGCUACAAAAAUUAUAUCAGUUUCCAGUAGAAGAGCAGCAAAUUUGGAAUAAGUCGCCUAGGGUGGAUGCGGCUGUAUCAAGACUGUCAAGAUGAACUUUACUACCAGUGGAAGACAUGGUGUUUUUCUUAAACCCCAUGGAUAGAAAGAUGGAGGCAUCAUUUAGCAUUCUAUUUAGCAUUGGGGGCAACUUGCAGGCCGGCUUUAGCACUAACAUCAGUCUCGAGAGCAAAGCAGAUGUGGCUGCAGAAUGUGGAAUAGUAGGGGUUAAUAGAAUACAUAAUUGGCACAUUAGCAGAAAUUAAGCUGGUGCCAGAUUUAAUCACAAAGUCCUCAAACAACAGCUGCAGGGAACUUCUCUCAUGGUGAGAAUGGACAAUUUGGCAGCUGUGGCCUACAUAAAGAAGCAAGGUGGAACACGCAGUUGGAGGACGAACUUCAACCAAUUAUGCAAUGGGCAGAGAUACAUCUCCAGAAUUUAUCAGCAAAACAUGUUCCUGGGAUUCAAAAGUGCAGAUUAUCUAAGGAGAGUAACUGUGAUGGAUUACGAAUGGGAGCUAUGUCAAGAAGUGUUUGUACAAAUAACAAAGAAGUGGGGAUGGCUGAACAUGGAUCUGAUGGCAUCUCAGAACAAUUUCUGAGGAAGAUAAGAGCAGAGGGGGUCGAAAUAAUUGCAAUCCUUAUGGAUUGGCCAAGAUGACAUUGAUAUCUACUCCUCAAGUCAUUAUUGAUAGACAAACCAUGGCCCCUACCGGACAGGAGAGAUCUGUUGCAUCAGGGGCCAGUGUUGCAUCCAGCUCCACAGAAGCUAUCUCUGAAGGCAUGGAGAUUGAGAGGCAAAGAUUGAUAAGAGAAGGGUGUUCAGACUCUGUAAUAAACACAAUUUUAACAGCUAGAAAGGACAAAACGUAUGAAAGAGUCUGGAAGGUUUUUCUGCCUUGGUUGCUGCAAAAGGGCUCAACAGUAGAGGAGCUUUCAGCUUCACAAAUUUUGUAUUUCCUGCAAGCAGGAUUUGAUAAAGGAUUAAGCCUGAGAACCAUAAAACUGCAGAUAUCGGCCAUAUCAGCAUUAACAGGGGUGUAAUGUGCAAAGGACUCUAAAAUAAUAAGAUU